AGAACCGCACCACCGUUCACCAGUCAGUCUCUAGACUUGGAACUCGGCUCGCCUGAAGUGUAAUCAGGGUCAUUCGAAGCCGGCGACUCGUCGUUCUUCUUCGAUGCGGUGAAAUCGUUCGCCCCGCAAGUUCGAUUGGGUUUGAAAAUCGUUGGAUCGACAGGAUCUGACGAGAGGGUUGAGCUUCGACGAGUUCCGUUGGUUUUCUCUCGCUUAUCAUCCUCCGAGGAUCAGUCGCCUCCGCGGUAGCUCCGGACCACGCGGAGAGAAAGAGAGCCGGUGAUAGCCAGGGAAAGAGAGCGAGGGAAGUAACUUGCCAAGGUGGAUCAACCGUGGGGCAGACGUAGAUUGUGGAGCUGGUAGAAGCCGCCGAGAACCGCGGCGCCGUGGGCCUUCGCAGCUGUGACCCGCUGUCAGUUGUCCGAGCCCUGUGCUACGGUUAGGACCGCUCACAACCAAUCACCACUUCCACUGUCACCAUCGGCCACUCGAAGAUCAUCCAGAGCUGGCCUACUCCGGUCCCUGCUCCGAUUUGUGUCGUCCUCAAAGUGCGUUUCGGUUAACGAUAGAUCGGGGACAUCGGCAGUCGAUGAGUUGAACGAGACUGGAGAAAGAGGAAGAAGAAAAUUGGGGAAGGGGUCAGGUUGCCGUCUUCUCCCCACCAGAAGCGUUUUUCGACAUGAAGUUUUACAUUCUUGGCGGUGGCUCCGUGAAAAACGCGUUUUAGUCGAGAGACGAGGAUCCUUUGAGAGGCUGCUAAUUUUACUUUCUUUCUUUCUUUCUUUUAUCCUUUUUUUUUUUUUAACCUCUCAUCGAAGGGUACUGCCUGCGACGUGCGUUGUUUUUUGUUCAGUGAUUGUACGCGCCAAAGUGAUUAUUCGAUCGAUUGUGCGGCAUCGUUCACACGCGCGGAAAAGCGGACGGUCGCAGAAUGAUCUGAAGGAUCUGAGAGGAGGCGGUGAUUAGUGCGAAGUUGCGGAGAAAUGGCAGGAAGAAGAGUGUCCUUCGGUCAACAUCCUUCGGGGGCUAUCGCUACGGCUCUUGUCCUUCUGGUUUUCCUCCAAGCGACGUUGGUUUGGAAAGAGAGUACAUCAGCUCCGGGCAGACGAGACGACGUUCUGGCAGGAACGGAGUUCCUCUCAGUCUUCAUAAACGGAGCGAUGGCGCAGCCGCCGAUAAGACGUCGAGGUUCUCGUCGAGGCGGUACAACGACGGACAACGUGGCGGCGGAAUCGCAGCGUCAGGAGGCGUCGAUAUACAGGAUAUCUCGAACGUCGCGAACUUCGAGCGCAGCGCCGCCACGGCGGGAGGAUGAAAACGACUCCCGGGUUUCCCCGAUAAGCCAAAAGUCCGUCGAGAGUUCGGCGAGCCUCACGUCGCUGCUGGACAACCUCUCGACGGCGAGCGAGAUCGGCUCGAUGCUGACACCCAGGUCCGAGCCGGUCAGCCAAAAGGUGAUCGGGGUCAGUGUGACCUCGACGGUCGAAGCGACCCCGUACAAGGUCAGAGUGGAGCACCACGUCGACGACGAGAUGACGACCGCGAGUCGAACGGCCCCGACGACGACCCCGAUCACCUUCGUAACCCCCCUCCCCGCCCUGACGGCCGCCGACGAGCUGAGCAACAUCGUCUCCGAGUCCAACCGCAGCGAGUUCUCCGUCGACGAGGGCGCCCCGCGAACCAACUGGCGCCUACGACCCAGAACCACGACUCCCAGGACUCGCGGAUCGCGGCCCUCCCACCGCCACCACCGCAAGGAGGCGAGCGAGUCCGUCGAGGCGACGGGGCCCGACGGUAAGGCCCCUCACCCCCAGGGCCGCAAGGCCGGCCGGCACUACCAGACGCUCCUCUUCACCCAGCACCCUUCGCGGCUCUACGCGGAGGCUGAACCGGCGCGGGUCUAUUCGGAGCCUGCGCGGGUCUACUCGGAGCCGGCAAAGGUCUACAGCGAGCCGGCGAAGGUCUACGGAGAACCGGAGCGGGUCUACUCCGAGCCUUCGAAGGUCUAUUCGGAGCCCGCGAAGGUAUACUCCGAGCCUGCGAAGGUCUACUCCGAGCCGGCGAGGGUCUACGGGGAACCGGCGAAGGUCUACGGGUCUGACGGACGCCCCGUUAAGCCUUCCGACGAGCCGGAGGAGCAGAAUUACGAGGUUGACGAGGCCGUCAGCGUCGGGAGUAACGGCAAUGUCCACGGACUGCAGGCCGUCACUGAACCCUCGGGACCCCAGGAACCCGACGAUGGUCACAAGGUCGGCUACGUCGUCGAGGGGAGGAAUUACCGCAGGUACAGGGUCGAGGAACGCACACCCGACGGAUUCAUCGUAGGCGAAUACGGCGUCGUCAGUCACGACGACGGAUCGCUGAGAGGCGUUCGAUACACCGCCGACAGCAGUAUCAAUCCUCAGCUCAUUCAUGAAACUCUUAUGAAGUUUCUCGCUCUCUAGGCGAUACUUGGGAUUGUCGAUUUUUGUUUAUUUUUUUCCAAGUUUUUUAUCGAUCAUGCUUGAUAGAAAAAUCUUACAAUAGCAAACGAAAUCAGAGAUGAAUGCAAUAUUUGGACAGUCAAAUUCGCACCGUUUGCUAAUCGUAAAUAACAGACUAGGAUUUACUUAUCCCUUAGAAAUCUAGCAGAAAUCUAACAUCGGAACUCAAAAUUUGAAAUUUGAAUCUUCCGUUAAGCCUGAUCGAUCGGAAUUCUUCGGGUACGUUAUUUUUUGUCAUGUUUGAAACUGCGAGCCCACGAACCUCGCAGAUAUUCAAAUUCUACAAAUGAAAAAAACAAAAAAAAAAAAAACGGAGAACAAAAAACUUUGUGCCGAAUCUUUAGCGAGUUCUUUGCUGAUCUUGCCAACUCAACUGCCUCACCCUAAUUUUAAGUUUAUAUAAUAGAUUCUACACCCGUCCAUUGACGUGGAAUGAAUCGGAGUCUUUUUGCUUCUUGUGAUUUAGCGAUCGAGGCGGUUCUCGUAUUAGCGAUUAGAAUUAUUUAUGUGCCAGCCGCGUCUGUAAUCGCUGCAAAAAUUAGACAAAGGAAAUGUACGAAUGAAAACAAAAAAAAAAAAAAAAUAAUAAAAAAAUACGAGGAGGUGUGAAUACCGUCAUUCUAGUAGGCCUUCUAGUAUUUUCAACCAAUACGAAAUUGACUAUUGAUAAUUGCAAGAAUCUGACAUUCGUAUCCAAACCGCAAAACCCAAGCCUCUCGCGGUUAUGAAUAAUUGCUCAUUUUCUACGUGCGUGCGUUUUUUUUUUAUCCUAUUUUUUUUCCUACUCGCUCACGAGCAGUCAAUAUAAUCGUGCAUCGAUGGAUAUAAUAUAUACGUGUAUGGGUACGUGGAUAACAUAAGUUGUAUGGAUACAGAAGAUUGCUGAAAAAUAGCAAACGUUAGAUUAAAGAAAAAUCCUGCUUCCUCGAAUUUUAAUCGUAAAAUGAUUUGCUCACGACGGAAAAUCUUUUGCACAUUUCAUAAUUUCAAUUUACAUGAAUAUAAUAAGGACGUAUUUAGUAACGUAUUAUUAUUAAUAAAUGAAUUCACCAUCAGCUAACUUGAACAAGACAUUGUUUUUUUUUUUUCUUUUUUACGUAGUUAUUUUUAGGAAUAUUUUCACCGCAUUUCAUAUAUUGCCUUGAAGCGGUGUAAUUAUUUAAUUGGUUGAUUAUUUAUGAUGAAAAAGAAAACGUACGAAUAUAAUUAAAAUAGUUUUGUGAGAUGGUCAAUAUUGCAUCGAAGUUGUGGUAAUACUGCACGAAAUUAAAAAAUGUGCGAUGCAAUGUACUUUUAUUGUAAUUCUAAUCUGAUUGAAAAGAAAAAGAAAACGAUAAUUAAUAAAGUAAAAAAUCACCGAGCACUCACCCUGCAAACUGACGAUCUACGAAUAUUGACAGUCUCUCGAAACUCGUACGGCGGUUAAGGCUUCUGUGACGAAGAAGUUUCCCCGAUGGAUUGAUCGGCGGUAGCCAGAGCCCUGAGAAUUUAAGCAUGUAAUUUAUCCUGAAGAAUAAUAAUCUAGGUAAACUAGAUUAAUUAACGACGGGCCUCGCUACUGUGGAUCCGAACAAACUUGUCACGGCAGCAAUUCCGCAGCCCUCCCCUCUCCCAUCUAGCUCGUAUACGGUUAACUAAUUUAAGGAUGUCACACAAUAUGUUAUAAAAGAUUCAAACAACGUACGUCGUGUAAUCGAAAUAUCUCAAUAAUCGAAUAAUAAAGUCUCUUCGAUAACAUUGUAAGGAUAAUUAUCUAGAAGCGUAGUUUAAUUUGACGUAAUAAAUUGUAAGAGCAAUACAUUCUCGCAUAAAUCACUUGUAGUCUUAUGUUAUCACUAUAAAUUAUAAGUAGUCUAUUUUAUCGUAUAUAAUUACCUCAUUCGUUGAGACAGUUCCUCUUGCGGUUCGGAUGAUGACCAUGUGACCAGCGCCCUCAAAACUAUAAACAAAAAAAAAAUAAAUAAAUAAAACAAAGUACUCACUUCACUGAUUUCACCACAUUUUUUUCAC